AUGAGGGAUAGUUCAGCAUCCAGCUCAGCUUCUUCAUCAGUGAUGGAUCUGUACUGCAACCCCUCCAGCAGUAGGUCACACCUCUUCCUCCCAAGUACAGCAGCAGACUUCAGCUUGAGUGUCAGCUUACCAGCUUGUAUGAGGCGUUGUGAGGGUGCAGUAGAGCCCAUGCAGAUUGACGUAGAUCCACAAGAAGAUCAGCAAAAUGCACCUGAUAUCAACUAUGUGGUGGAGAACCCCACUCUGGAUUUGGAGCAGUAUGCGUCCAGCUACAGUGGUCUGAUGCGAAUUGAGCGGCUACAAUUUAUUGCUGAUCACUGCCCACAGCUGCGGGUGGAAGCUCUCAAGAUGGCACUGUCAUUUGUCCAGAGAACUUUCAAUGUUGAUGUGUAUGAAGAAAUUCACAGAAAGUUGUCUGAGGCCACCAGAGAACUGCAGAAUACACCUGAUGCUGUCCCUGAUAGUGGAAUUGAACCCCCUCCUCUUGACACAGCUUGGGUUGAAGCUACACGCAAAAAAGCUCUUCUUAAACUGGAGAAACUCGACACAGAUCUGAAAAAUUACAAAGGGAACUCCAUCAAGGAGAGUAUCAGGAGAGGCCAUGAUGACUUAGGUGAUCAUUACCUUGACUGUGGGGACCUCAGCAACGCUCUCAAGUGUUACUCGCGAGCCCGUGAUUACUGCACCAGUGCUAAACAUGUUAUCAACAUGUGUCUCAAUGUCAUCAAGGUCAGUGUCUACCUCCAGAAUUGGUCUCAUGUUCUGAGCUAUGUAAGCAAGGCUGAGUCUACACCAGAAAUUGCAGAACAAAGAGGAGAAAGAGACAGCCAGACACAAGCAAUUCUCACCAAACUGAAAUGUGCAGCAGGCUUGGCCGAACUAGCUGCUCGGAAGUACAAACAGGCAGCAAAGUGCUUCUUGUUGGCAUCAUUUGAUCACUGUGAUUUCCCUGAGCUGUUAUCUCCUAGCAAUGUGGCUGUGUAUGGUGGUCUCUGUGCCCUCGCUACCUUUGACCGUCAGGAACUGCAACGAAAUGUUAUCUCCAGCAGCUCCUUCAAAUUGUUUUUGGAGCUGGAGCCACAGGUUCGUGACAUCAUCUUCAAGUUUUAUGAAUCUAAAUAUGCUUCAUGCCUGAAGAUGCUGGAUGAGAUGAAGGACAAUCUGCUGCUGGAUAUGUACCUUGCACCUCAUGUCAGGACACUUUAUACCCAGAUUCGAAAUCGUGCCCUUAUCCAGUACUUCAGCCCCUAUGUGUCAGCAGAUAUGCGCAAGAUGGCCACUGCUUUUAAUACUACAGUGGCUGCUCUGGAAGACGAACUGACUCAGUUGAUCCUGGAGGGACUGAUCAAUGCCAGAAUAGACUCGCACAGUAAGAUUCUUUAUGCUCGAGAUGUAGAUCAGCGCAGCACAACUUUUGAGAAGUCUUUACUAAUGGGCAAAGAGUUUCAGCGACGUGCCAAAGCUAUGAUCCUGCGAGCUGCAGUCCUGCGCAACCAGAUACAUGUCAAGUCUCCUCCACGAGAAGGUAGCCAAGGGGACCUUACUCCAGCUAACAGCCAGUCCAGGAUGAGCACCAACAUGUGAAAAACUUCGUGCACUACCAAAAGAAAUGGUCCCUCCAGGACUGUACCCAGUGUCUCGCCCACUAACUGCUGAGUUUCACAAACUGUCCCUGUCUCCCUCACUUCUUGCUUGGAUUGACAGGGUCAGGGCUGAUGGUGGAUAAUAUGAAUAUUCCAAUAACUUCAAUUCUCCUUGAAAAGAAAUUCUUUCUAAAAACAGCAUCCCUGCAAUGGGUCAUCAUUUCAGUUUUGGUAGAUCUUCCUCCAUUCUCCUUCUUCCACCACUCCAUAAAGAGCUGUCAGGUUAUUCAUACUCAUGCCGAUUUGAGAGUUUUUCAGCUGCUAUUAGUUUUCUCGUUUCAAAGCUGCAAAAAUAGUGUUAAGUUGAAUGGACAGGUGUGAUCUAAGAUGAACUUCGCUGGCCUGAAAGUAUUGCCUUGAUUCUGAGCAGUGCUGAGCUUUCUGUUUAUUCCAGAUAAACUGAGAAGUGCA